AUGAGCAUGAAUGUUAGUCUCAGACCCACACCACUUGUUUUUGGCUACGAAUGGACAACCACAUAUUGGUCACAUUUUACCCCCAAAUCUCCCAAGGACCUUCUGGAUAUCAGUUAAUUUGUUGACGCUCUAUGGCAAUUAUGUUGUGGAUUUUUCUGCUGCUGCUUAUCAACAGCUUUGAAGGUUUAUCUGGAGCUGAACAUGAGACGCUAUGUACCUCAAACGCCUGUUUCACCCUGAAUAUGGACAGAAGGAGCUUUAAGGAUGCCCGUCAGAACUGUAACCACAAUGGCGGUUAUCUGAUGACAGUCAGAAACGAAGAAGAAGAGGAUGUGCUGCGCUCGCUUCUCUCACAGAUCCAAAGACAACGUCAGGACAGGGUGUUUAAAUUUUGGAUUGGAUUAAAACUGCACAGAGGGGACUGUGUGAUGGCUGACAAGACUCUCAGGGGGUUUAGGUGGGUAUAUGGGGAGGAAGAUUCCCACUACUCCAACUGGGAAAAAGAACCUGUCACCACAUGCACUGAGGAGAGAUGUGUAAAAGUUCAUUAUACUGUAUCAGGUCAGAACCAACUGAAAUGGACUGCUGGACCUUGCAAAAGCCCUGCUUUUUAUGCAUGUAAGUUUUAUUUUAAGGGAAUGUGUAAACCUUUGGCUCUAUUGGGGCCUGGACAAAUCACCUACACAGCGCCCUUCUCAAAAGAGCCACAAAAAAGUGAAAUGCAAUCAUUUCCGCUCGGAACAUAUGCUAAUAUUUUAUGUAGUGACCAACAGUCUCAAUAUGCUGUGUGCAAGGGGAUGGACGACAUCUAUCGAUGGACUGAACCUGGUCCAUUUUGCAAAACAGGGAAGCAAAAUUGCACGAUAAACAAUGGCGGAUGUGAACAUUUGUGCCACCAGGAUGCAGAUGAGGUUCAAUGCUUUUGCAAAGAAGGUUACGACCUGGAUGAGGAUGGACUCAGUUGCAGGAUAAAAGACUUGUGCGGCGUUGACACCUGUGAGCAUCAGUGCGUAAUGAGGGAGUCUGGGUAUUUCUGCAAAUGUCCAGAUGGGUUCAAACUAGAUGCAAACCAGCGUAGCUGCUCUGAUAUUGAUGAGUGCCAGUCACAAGCCUGUGCGCAUCAUUUGUGCAUAAAUACGCACGGCAGUUACACAUGUGCAUGUGAAGGCGGCUACGAAAUGGUUGAUGGUGAAUGCAGGGAUAUGGAUGAGUGCUCGCAAACAAGAUGUGAGCACAGCUGCUUGAACAGUUUGGGUUCCUUCUCUUGUUCCUGCAACGAGGGCUUCACUUUAUCCGAGGAUGGCUAUUCGUGCUUAGAUAUUAAUGAAUGCAUCGGUAAUCUCUGUCAGUUCAAAUGUGUCAAUACUCUAGGCAGCUUCUUGUGCACCUGCCCGCAAGGCUUCCACAUGGAGACAGAUGGAUCGACCUGCGCUCCAGAUAUGACAGAAACAUCAGCUGCUUCAUCAGACGUCACAGAGUCUUUAACCAGAACCACAGUUGAGCUCCAACACCAGUCCCCUCACACUGACGCGCCACUUCCAGACCUGGUGAAUGUUACGCACAAUGAUCAGCAGAGAAACGUAUCUUUGGUGACAGGCUUUGCCAAGACAGUGAAUUCCAAGCUAAUCAUCUGCAUCCUUGGUUCAGUCAUUCCUCUGCUGCUUUUAGUCGCAUUGACUCUCGCUAUUGCAAUUUUUCGAUGCAGUCGCUCCAAAAAAGAAGCCAAGAAAAAUACCAGUACAGAUGGCUACUGUUGGGUGUCUUCUGGUUUGGAUCCACGUUUAGAGAAACUAUAUGAGUCCAUAUUGACUGAUGACCUAUGACCUGUUAGUGGUGGAGAAAACUGUCUUCAUGGAUUAUCAUGCUUAUUUAUGUAAUUUAUGUUUUGCAGCCUCUCUAGGUUAGGCUGUGUUGUUGUGAAAUAUUACAUAUCAAAUCAAAUAAAAACUAGAAAAAAGAUGCUGAUUUUGGCUAGAAGAAGCAAAGUGUAAAUAUGUGUAUGUGUGUAGAUGUAAGGGGCUCUGUAUGAGGAUGACUAUCGAGAACUGAUAGUUUGGACUGGGUGUCAGAUGAUUCCAGAAAGAAAAAAGAAUGAAAAAGAAGAAAUAUUAACAAUGAUUCAUCUGUACCGGGAUGUAUUUGUUUAAAGUGAGCAUUUUUAUGUUAAGAUUAGUCAGCUGAUUUUGUAAUUUGUCUUGUCUGGCCACAUGUUCUGCUAUUUUAUCAAUAUACUGUAUAUGCUUGAGCAGUAUCAGUGCCUGUUCACUCAAUACCAAAAUGGCAGUCAUGGAAGAAGUAUUCAGAUUGUUUACUCAGACAUGCAAUCUUUCAUUUUCCUUGCUGAAUGGAGUUUGCACAUCUGAUGCUGGUGUAAAUAUUUAAUGAUAAACACAUGUACAUCAGAGUAUUGAAUCAAUAUACUGUAUGAUUAAGUCAUGUUAUGAGACAAAAUAAAUAGUUUGUUCUAAAA